AUGGAGCACUUUUGGCUGAAGUUCCAAGAAUGGACCUCUAACAACUACAAACAUGCCAGCGGGACAACAACUUCAGCAUGGACUGAAUUCCAUAACGAUAAUGUACCAGGAACAACUUCCACACAGCUCACAAACAAGCGUAACAGCAAUGAUGAGCCGACUGAAGGGGGAGGUGACAAUAGCCGAGCGCCAAAACGGCCACGAAACAAAACGAAGGUUCGCCAAGAGCGAAACAAAGCGCUAGACUUUGCAUGCCAUUUUAAAAAACACAACCCUCGCAAAUACAAUAUCGACGAGUUUCGUUCUUGCUGCCUGGGACAUUGGGGGACUAUAGCAAGAGUGAAGGAACACCUCUAUCGACGACACCAAUUAGCUCCGCAAUGCCCGAGGUGUUGUCAGCAAUUCGAAAGUCAAGAAGAAUUGCAGGCCCACUCGCGACUUGCGGUGAGCUGUGAAUUACAGCCAUGCCGGGAACAAGAAGGAAUCACGGCUGAUGUAGAGAAGCAGCUAAAAAGCAGGAAAAAGACAAGCGCAGGGCAGUCCGAGGCUGACCGUUGGAGGGAGAUUUAUCAAAUAUUGUUCCCAGGGGAACCGGUCCCGUCGCCAUACAACUAUGAAAAUUGGUCAGCGUCAAGAGACUUCCUCAACUAUGUGGCAUUCGCUCGAGAAGAGGUACCUCGAAGAUUCAGGCAAUCUCUGGAAGCAAUAAUCACAGCUGGGAUUGAGCCCAUCGAACACCAGAUAAUAGCUCGGAUGGAGGAUUUGAUUCGGGAUUGCCAAGAACAAACAUUUUCUUCCUACAGACUCCAGUAUAGGUCGGCUGAGCAAACGGUUCCUGUCAAUACCGGACAUCUAAAUCUUGGUGAUGAAAAGCUUCCUCAGCACCAACCUGCGCAGGAAGAGAUGCUCACGGACGUGAAUACUGCCGCACCUCCGCAAGAUCGAGACCCUCCCGAAGACGUAGGUCCGGUCGACCUCAACUCAGAAGCUCAAGAUAUGACUCAAUAUGAAUCCGGAGUUACGCUGAGUGUGGCUAGCAAUGACCCUCCAGACGCUCAGGGAACUGCUACAGUAUCGCAUUCUGGCAACGAUACGGACUGGCUCAUGUGCGGAUGCUCAUAUUUCUGUAUCUGUCCUCGAAAUUCGGCAAAUCAACGCCUUACGAGCUCUCAAAUCCAUGUUACUCCCGGUACACCGAUGAAUCUGGAUAUCGAGCCCACAAUAGCGACUACGGAAAAGGCAAUGUCUGGAUAUACCUCGCAACUGCUUGUGGAAUCCAAUGACGAUGGUUUUGAUUGGGCCUCAUAUCUGAAUUCAUGCUAG